AUGACAACCCUGCUAGAGUAUACUCAAAUCGAACUUUUGACACUCACUGGCCCAGAAUUCCGCCGAGUGUCCACUGCUCCUCCACGCCCACCAACCGAGGAUGAGAUUCCAAUCAUAGAUCUCGCUUCGAUCGACAAGGAUCUAGAAGCGAGAAAGACCCUCGCGUCUAAGGUCAGAGCAGCGGCUGAGAGCACGGGCUUCUUCUAUAUCAAAAACCACGGGAUAUCAGAAGAGCUCAUUCAGAAUGCCCUGUCACAAGCAAAAGCUUUCUUCGCCCAGCCGAUCGAAAAGAAACAGCUCGCAUCUCGCAAAAUCCGAACGAACGCGGAUGGAUGGCAUGGGCUGGGGACUACCCAAAUCAACAGAACCGAAACAAGGGAUCGCAAAGAGACAUUUUCUCUGCGCUAUAAUCGCAAGAACGACCCAACUGUCUCCGACGGGGACACGCUGUCCAGCGAGGAUGACUUCGCUUGGGAUACAACCAGCCAUCUCCCUGGAUUUCAGGAAACAACAGUUGAAUUCUAUCAGCGCCGCCUCACGCUUGCGCGCAAGAUGAUCCGUGUCUUUGCCCUUGCUUUAGAUAUGCCGGAAGACUACUUUGACGCGGUGACCACAAACCCCGGUGCAGACGGGCUUUACGUACACUAUCCCGCUACGGCGCCCGAUGCACUCGAGAAAAACAAUGCGGAUGUCGAUGUCGGCAUCGGCUCUCAUACUGAUAUCCAGUUCUGUCUGCCAGUGAUGAGUGGCUUGACGCUCGACCGAUAG